AUGGCUCCUCCAGGCCAGUCAAGCAGUCAGCAACUCCCUGCUAAAGAACUUGGUCUUUUCAAAAAAAUUAUAAAAAGUUAUGAGAGCAAGCAAUACCGUUUUGGGUUGAAGUAUGCCAAGAUCAUUCUUUCCAAUCCGCUAUAUGCUGACCAUGGAGAAACCCUUUCUAUGAAAGGAUUAAUUUUGAGCUGUAUGGGUAAGAGAGAAGAAGCUCUUGAAUGUGUCAAGAAAGGUUUAACAUCUGACUUGAAAUCUUAUGUUUGUUGGCAUGUUUACGGAUUGGUUCAACGAGCAGACAAAAAGUAUGACGAAGCUAUUAAGGCUUAUAAAAACGCUUUCCGUAUGGAGAAGGAUAAUGUUCAAAUCUUAAGAGAUUUAUCUUUAUUACAAAUCCAAUUACGCGAUUAUGAAGGAUAUAAGGAGAGUCGCUAUCAUUUAUUGAGACUCAGACCAAACCAAAAACUCAACUGGAUUGGAUAUGCAACCGCUUAUCAUUUGCUCAAAGAUUAUGAAAAAGCUCUUGACAUUAUCACCGAGUACAGUCUAUCCAAUCAGCCAACUGGAUAUGAUUAUGAAUACUCCGAACUGCUGAUGUACCAAGGAAUGAUUUUGCGAGAGUCUGGAAACCCACAAGGUGCUCUAGAAAAAUUGGAAGAGAACGCUGCUCAAAUAGUAGACAGAGUUGUUUACAUGGAAACAAGAGGUGACUUGCUGAAAGAGCUUGGAAAGCUUGAGGAUGCUGAAAGAGUUUGGCGGCAACUGAUUGAGCGUAAUCCUGAAAAUCUAUCUUACUAUGUAAAAUUGGAAGAAUGUCUUGGUCUUGGUCCCGGAGCUGACGCUACUAAGCGUUUGGAACUGUAUGACGCUAUGUCCGAGAAGUAUAAGAGAGCUUCUGUUCCUCGUCGACAGCCUUUGUAUAUCGCUGAAGGUGAUGAACUUAAGAAGCGUUUGAGAGGCUGGAUUGCAGUAGGAUUGAGAAAGGGUAUUCCUAGUCUCUUCAAAAAUUUAGUUCCUUUAUACUCGGACAACAAGAAGGUUGCUUCUAUUGAAGCAAUUCUACUUGAGUUCAUUAGGAAAAUAGAGGACAAUGGUUAUAAACACGGAUCAUUUGACGAUUCUGCUGAUACUAUUGAAUCUCCUACUUCCGCUUUGUGGUUGUACUUACUAGUUGCUCAACAUUACGAUCGUCUCAAGCAAACUACUUUGGCUCUUCGUUACGUAGAGAAGGCUAACACUCACACCCCUACUUUAAUUGAGACCCUCUUAAUAAAGGCCAAAAUUUUCAAGCAUGCUGGUGAUCUUAAUGAAGCUGCUAGAAUUCUCGAGGAGGCCCAGUCAUUGGAUACUGCUGAUAGAUAUAUCAACAGUAAGUGUGCCAAGUACCUCCUGAGGGCUGGAUUUGUAGACGAAGCCGAAACUAUGUGUUCAAAGUUCACCAGGGAGCGAGAAAGAGCUUCAACUACUUUGAAUGACAUGCAGUGUAUGUGGUGGGAGAUCGAAAGCGCUAGAGCCUAUCGUAAACUUAGUAAAUAUGGACAAGCUUUGAGAAAAGCUCACCAAGUUGAACAGCAUUUUGUUAACAUGGUCGAGGAUCAGUUCGAUUUCCAUACUUACUGUUUAAGAAAAAUGACUUUAUGUGCCUACGUUCAACUUUUAAAAAUGGAAGAUGUGUUACGUAAUCACGAGUAUUACUAUCAAGCUGCUAAAUUAGCAAUAAAGAUCUAUCUCCGAAUGAUUGACAGACCUCAAGACAUGAAUGGUGAUCAAAUUGAGGAAGGAAUGAGCGCUGCUGAAAAGAAACGCUUGAAAAAGAAACUGAAAAAGGAGAGAGAACGAGAGGAAGAGGCUAAGAAGAAUGAUAAGAAGAAAGAUGAAGUUCAGUUUGACCCUGCUGUUCUACUAAAUCCCGCAGAUCCACUAGAGGAAGCUGCAAAGUUUGCUCAAUCUCUACAUAUGUUAGGAUGCAACCACGUUUCUGGUUAUGCUCUAUGUUUCGAAGUUUACUUCAAAAAGGGUAAAAGUCUUCUGAUGCUCAAAUGUAUAAGAGAAGCUGCCAAGCUUGAUAAGGAUCACCCACUUCUCCAUAUUUGUAGAGUUAAAUAUGCUCUUUAUAGGAAAAACGUAACUUUGACCGGCACUGUUUUAGAAAUAGCUAAGGAAUUGGAAGAUUCCAUGUUUGAUACAUUAGAUGCUGUCAAACUGAACGAGAGUUUCAAGAACGAUCAUCUGAAUAGUUUACCGCACAGAGUUGCAGUUGCCGAGUGUAAUCUUUUACUGGAUGCUUCUUCUCUUUCCACAACGAAAAAUUGGCUGACAAAGUCUUUGGAAGAUGACAAACUUCAAGGGCGUUAUUUGAAGACAUUCUUGAAACUUAUCGAUGGAAUUAAGUAUGGUCGUUAUGGUUCUUGGUCAGCUGACGAGACUGAUGCUGUUAUGAAAAUCGCUCACCAACUUUUCCCCCAAGCUCUCUCUUUCGGAGGCGGAACCCCAGCAAGUGAGAAGAAAGAAGUGCCUGAAGAGAAUCAUCAUUCUUUUGAAUGA